UCUGCCAACCACUAUUAAACCCAAAGGAAGAAGGCAAACCUAGAUAGAUAAGUAUUUGGCCCAAGGCGUCAGACUGAGUUGUUUAUCUUUUUUGUGUCUUUCUGGUUUCUUUUUUUCUUUCCCAAAUGCAGCGUCGAUUAAACAAGAGGUGUGAGGAGAGAUAAUUUAUUAUGCGGUUUGGAGAACCAGCUUGGCUUGUAGCUAUAGCUUAAGCUAGUCGUUAGCUUGGAUGCUUGUGUUAAAAUGGCUUACUGAAGCCGUUAUCAGCUAACGGUAACGUUAUGCCCGAUGACCCAACAGCAGUGGGUGGGAGUAGAAGCUGCUGCUUCUGUUGCCUUGUCUACCACCCUAGCGUUUUGAAACCACCGGAAAACCAGCUUGUUAGAUAGCUAGUUGGCUUAAACUGAGAUAUAAACAACUAUUUUUUUUCUACGUUGCCUUUGAUUGUGGUAAAAACAACUCCAGAAUGGGGAUGUGCUUACCGUGCCUUGGAGGAGCGGCGGACGAAGUUGUUGUCACUCCAGACCCUGAAACGAGGAGACAGCAACUGGCCGAAGCUGCUGAGAAGAGACAAAAAGAGACGGCAUACAGGGGAGUUAAAAAUCCAGAAGCGGUUGAAAGAAAAAGGAAAAAACAAGAAGAGAUUGAGAAGCAGGCGAUGACCACCUCAGUGUCAGGAGGUGGAGGGUUAAAGUGGCAGGUGGGCUAAAGAUCCUGAAGCGAUGUACUGCAAGAUUCAGGGUUCCAAAGCGGUUUUAAACAGGAUGAGAUUUGUUUUUUAGACUUUUCCUGAUCUGGUAAAUAUGGAAAAACAUCUCUAUUUGCAGAUCAUUGCCUGUAUGUUUAUAAGUAAAAUGAGAUUGAUUAAGCAAGCAGUGUUUGCCAUACAGACUAUAUGAGAUGACGCUAUAAGCUAUCUAAUUUUACAGGCCUUAAGUUGAGUGUUUUAGACAUUGCUAACUUGGUUUUGAAACUGCAUGUUUGACUUACUAAGAACACACAGACCCUAUGCACACCUCUAUCCAUGAACGAUGAAGAUCAGUGAUUCAGUUCACAGCCUUUUCUCAUGCUGAAGUGUCCUUGGACUAAUCAGUGAGCAUUGUACAGACCAACUUGUCAGUCUUGUAUAACCCGAGCCCUAAAGCACAACCACCUUUAUUAUUUAUUUUACCUUCAGUGAGACCGUAGUUCAGGAAAAAGAUCAUCAUGUUUUGUAGAUUAAACUUGAAAUUACUUAGACUAGAAAUUCAUUCGGGUAAAAGCAAACAAAUUAAGAUACUUGUGGGGGAGUUUAGGUUAAAGUGAGUUUGAUGCCACUGAAAGUUUCACGGUCAGAUUGUGGAUGUGAUAGGUGCUGUGUAUAAUCUGUGUUGAACAUGCUCCAUGGAAAUUCACAUAUAAAUCAAUUAAUGGACGUUUUUGGGGUAACCAAAAAAACAUGAUGUUACCAAUUCUGUAAGCUGAAGGAGUAAAAGUAGCACCAGUGAGUUUGCUUCCACUUUGGACAGAUGUUCUUGCUGACAUUACAGCUUGAAUAAAAUACUGUCAUGGGUUUGGUACUAAAUAGUUUUAUACGCUAUAAGGCCUACGAUUGCAGUUUUCUGGCAAAAUAAGUCUGAAAAAUAUGGAAUUUUUAAGUGGAAAAUAUGAAGGAACCCUGCGUAUCACUUGAUGUUAAGAGGCAGCUUUCCUCUAAAAACAAAUAGUAGCAGUUGUCAAAUGUAAUGCAAAGCAGUCUGGACCUGUUCCGCUGCUGCACUUGCCAAUAUACACAUGUUAGUUUAAACCUUUGGACAAAUCAGGAUGUUGAAGCAAACACAAUGUCCCCCUGUAGUCCAGUUUUAUUUGACUAUUGAUUAGAUAUACUGUACUAGACUAAUGUGAAAUCAAUCACAUGGAAGAGCUUAUGGAUGAAGUCAGUUAUUUAGUUUGCUGUUCUUAAAUGUUUUGGGUUUACAUAGUGGAAGAUUAGUAAGCACUGUAGCUGUUAUUGGAUAUGUGACAUUUUUGGGACUUCUCUAACAAUUGUUGCUCCACAUGCAUCCUGUUGACACUCACGGACUGCUUUUUUUACACCACAUAGACUACUGCAAAUGUCCCAUGGUGUAUUUUGCUGAACUUGCUUUGCUUGUCACUAAUGUGUUUUUGCAACUAGUGCUGUGCAGAUACCACAAAUGGGAAUCACUUUAAGAAGACAGCAGUGCAAGGUGGUCUUGUUUUUCUCCCUUUCCUUCAUUUUGUGUCUGAUAGAGCAAACUCUACAACAUUCUCUCUCCAGCCAGUAAAAAUGAAAAGGCAGUGUGCAUACACAGCUUUAUUAAUAUUUUACAUAUGACCCAUUGCACUUUACACCAGUUGUUUCCCUGCUUUAACAGCCCUGCUGUUUGUUUUUGUGGGAUUUUUUUUACAUGUACAUAUGCAUAACUUGAGUUUAUUGAUUUAAAUUAUAAUGUGUGCAUAACACUAAUAUGAUUGCUGAUUAAUUUAAAUGAGAUGUAAAAUGGGAUAAAGAUAUUUAAAUGGGAAUUGCCAGAAGUCAUUUUUUGCUAGAUGCCUCUUUGCACCAUGGUUUGUUAGUAUGUGGUGAAAAGCAAAUAUUCUUUCUUCCACUUUUUUGUUUGGAGAUUUUUGUUCAUCUCAGUGGAAUGGAAAUUAAAGAAGAAAUGAGGAACUGGAAGAAAAUGUGGUGAAAUAUGUACUUUGAUAUGCUCUAUUAAAUGCAUUUCUUACAGCCUUCUCUUGAUCCUUGAAUGCUUCUGGUGCUCUUGCCAUUUUGUAGAACAGAAUAUCUGGCCAAUGGUAUUUGCUACAAUAAAUGAAUCACAUUUCUGCUA